GUGCCGGCGACCGUUGACAGUGUAGUGUCGCGCGUGUUCGGCCAACAAUCGGAACGAUACAAGCUAUAAGCGACAACACCCUCAGUUCCUCAUUAACAGUUCAGUGUUAUCGUGCCCGAGUUCUCUGUGUUUUGACUGACCCCCAAGUGUUGUUUGAGUUUACAUUCAAAUAUUGGACAAGUGCUAUUAGUGACUGCGCGUGAUAUGCCGCAAAUACGUGUUUAGCAGCGUUCUGCGGGCGAUGCUCACAGGAGAGCAUGUGAUGCCGGCCUUUGACGCCCGGCGCCAUGCCCACGCCGCUGCAGCCCGGCGGCCCCGCUAGCGGCCCGCCCCCGGAGCGCAAGCGGCGCCGCAAGCGCGACGAUCCCCAGAGUUCAGCCGCGCUCGAACCUGACGACGACGACGGCGACAUGAGCCCAGAGGAAGAGCCGCGAAACGCUCCCGCGGCCCCAGCGGCGCCAACUCCAGCGCCUUCAUCAGCGCCAGCACCCACCUCACCUCCUGCUGCUCCAGACGCAGUUGACCUCACUUCGCGCCGUGACUCCCCACAACUCUCAUCCGACGUAGAGCAUUUUGAUGGAAAGAUCGUCUACAAUCCUGACGGAUCUGCGUACAUCAUUGAAGACCCAGAAAUUUCCGAAGGUGAAACGAGUCUUUCGGACUUGCCAAAAAUAGAACCCGGAUGUAUCGUGGAUAGCCGGGACAGCAACGUAGUAGAAAGACAGCUUGACUUUCCACAAAUUGCGAGUGCAUUCUACGUAUCCAGAAAUCCUUCCUUGUAUGGUGCUCUGUAUGGAAGAUUAGCAGCGGAGAGAGCGCGGGCGAGGCCCGAUGCACCUGUGAUGCAUAGUUAUCGAGUGUUUAGUUUUCGUGGAGGUAAAGACGCUCCUAGACCUCAAUCUCCUGUACCAGAGUGUCCUGUUAGCGUGCCAGUGAAACCAAUACUAAUGUGUUUUAUAUGUAAAUUGAGUUUUGGAUAUGCUAAGUCUUUUGUAGCCCAUGCGCAAUCAGACCACAGCUUAUCACUUCUCGACUCUGAAAGAGACGCCUUAUCAAGAGAAAAUGCAUCGGCAAUUAUACAAUGUGUCGGUAAAGACAAAGAAGCCCUAGUCUCAUUCUUAGAACCAGUUGGAGCAGCUGCGCCACGUGCUUCUAUUUCAGGCAGCCCUGCCAAUAUAUCUGGAUUAUCCAGUCCUUCAAUAGAAAAACGACAGGAUACAUUGACUCCAGAUAGAGAUAAUGAAUUAAUGAUUCCCAAUGGAUCAUGCGACGACAGAAGGCCGAGUCCACCUGCAUGGAGACCACCAAGAUCCAUAGCUGAAUCUUUAAUUCCUCAACAUUCCAUGAUCUCCGUGGCACAUCCACAUACAAUAAAUGCUUCCGUACAACCUCGCGCUAGUCCAAACUCAUCCCCACCGUUCCAAACAGCGCCGCCAGCUUUCCUAUCUGGCACAACAAUAGGAGUAUGUCCAGAUCAUCUUGGAGGAAGACCGUCUGGUGCUGAUUGUCCGAAGUGCGAGCUUAUUUUAAAUUCAGGAAGGCUAGGUGGUCCUUUGGCUGGAAUGCAUAGUAGAAAUUCUUGCAAAACAUUGAAAUGUCCAAAAUGUAACUGGCAUUACAAGUAUCAAGAGACAUUAGAAAUACAUAUGAAAGAAAAACACCCAGAAGCUGAAACCAGUUGUAUUUAUUGUAUUGCCGGUCAACCUCAUCCACGGUUAGCGCGGGGAGAAACAUACACGUGUGGAUACAAACCUUACAGAUGUGAAGUUUGCAAUUAUUCGACGACAACUAAAGGCAACUUAAGUAUACAUAUGCAGUCUGAUAAGCAUCUUAAUAAUAUGCAAGAGUUACAAAAUGGUGGCAAUCCCGGGGAAAGUAAUUUACCACCGGCUCAACAUACACCACCAGGAGCACAUAAACCUCCCCUACCACAUCACUCUCCUUUGGGACAAAAACCGAAACCAACAUUUCGUUGCGACGUUUGUAAUUAUGAAACCAACGUUGCACGUAAUCUAAGAAUACAUAUGACAUCCGAGAAGCAUACUCAUAACAUGCUUGUUCUUCAACAAAACGUUAAACAUAUGCAAACAUUGUCAGCGUUACACCACAGGCAACAAAGUCAGCAACAGCUUGAAAGCUUAUUACAUUUCCAUGGUGGUGACGCUCCACCACCUAACCCAGAAGCUGCCUUAGCUGAUAUGGCAUACAAUCAAGCACUCAUGAUACAACUUAUGACUGGAGGCCCAGGACCAUCACCUCCAGAACUAGGAGCCCACUUAGACGUUGGUUUAAAUCCAGAAGCAAUGGAACCGCCACCAGAGCCAGCAGAUCCUGAACCCGAAAGAACCUUCCACUGCUGUAUAUGCAAUUGCUUCUCAACAGAUUCUUUAGAAGCUCUAGGACAUCAUUUAGCACAAGAUCGCACAAAGAUUAGAGAACAGGAAAUAUUGGCAUUAGUAGCCGGUCAUUACGUCUGUAAAUUAUGUACGUAUAAAACAAAUCUAAAAGCAAAUUUUCAGUUACAUUGCAAAACAGACAAACAUCUCCAGAGGUUACAACAUGUCAAUCAUGUAAAGGAGGGUGGUCCAAGAAACGAAUGGAAAUUGAAAUUUUGCGGUGGUGUUGGAACUGGUGGUGCGGGAGUAGGGGGAGUACAAGUCAGAUGUUGUGCCUGCGACUAUUACACGAAUUCAGCACAUAAGUUGCAACUUCAUGCUGCCGGAGCCCGCCAUGAAGCAGCUGCUCUUCUGUUGAGACAUCUCAGAGAAUGUGCUUCUAGGCUACCCCGUGAUCGUCCACGCGUUUAUCGCUGUGCGUUGUGUGGUUUCGGUGCACCGCAUCGCUUACCGCUAUUGCAACACGUACGUUCCGUUAAACAUUUGCAAAUGGAACAAAUUCAUCAACUUCAACGCCGGUCAGAAGGCAAAGAUCCCACCCCAGAUGUCGCGGAGCUCUUCCAAGUAAUCCCGCAGCCGCCUGAAUUGCAAAGCCCCUACGAUCAACAAGAAAGUGAUAAUAAGGAACCCAUCGAUCAAAAACCAGAAUUAACUCAAGAACAAAAGAUGAUGCGAUUCUUAGAGCAGCAUCAACAACAGCAACAGCAGCAACAACAGACUGUUCAACCACAACCAUCUCAACAAAGUUGCAAUGACAAAGAAGAAGAGCCAGAAACGCCAAGUCAACAUAACUGUCCGUACUGCAACUUUAGUUGUGCAAGUGAAAGCAGAUUAAAUGCUCACGUUAACUCAGUACAUGGUGAUACAGUGCGGCAUUUUAUCUGUCCUUUGUGUCAAGAUGCUUUCAAAGAGAGGCCGGCCCUCGAAAGACAUGUUAUGCAAAUUCAUUCGGUUAAUUCGGAGGGUUUACAACGACUCCUUCUGCUUGUAGAUCAAAGUCAUUGGCUUAAUGGAGGUAAUCAACAACAAAGAGAGGAAUCGAGACAAGGGGAAGAGAAUGAAAGAGAAAUUUCCUCUCCUCGUUCUGAAGGCAGCGUGGAUGGUGAAACAGAACGCUGUUCAACAUGCAAUCGCACAUUCCGUAAUGUUGAUGAGUUAUGCCAGCAUCAAAAUGAAUCCGGUCAUUUAGAAUUGAAACAAACACCACAAGGACCGGGCUACGUUUGUUGGAAAAAAGGAUGUAAUAGAUAUUUCGAUUCCGCACACGCUUUACAAAAUCAUUUUCGAGAAGCCCAUGCUCGUAAUUCUAUUGCAAAUAUGUCGGUAUCGGAAAAACAUGUAUAUAAAUAUCGCUGCAAUCAGUGUAGCUUGGCAUUUAAAACAAUAGAAAAAUUACAACUACAUUCUCAAUAUCAUGUCAUUCGCGAUGCAACAAAGUGUGUUUUGUGUGGAAGAAGUUUUAGAUCUGUAUUAGCUCUUCAGAAGCACGUUGAAACUUCGCAUCCAGAGCUAUCAGAAGAUGAACUAAAUGCUUUUAAACGAAGCCUUGCCUCUAAUCCAUUAUUACAACCGGGUCAUGGGGUGGCCUUGGACGCAGCAACCGCGGAUUUGUUGCGAAAAGAAUCUCUUCGAACACCUGAAGAUGAACUUGGUGAAAUGGAAGACAGAGAUUCAAGUGCCACUGCUGCUGAUGAGUCUGGUCAUAAUGACGCUGAAAACUCUGAUGAUUCAAUUAUUUACAAGGACCAACAAUUCCUCGAAGACUACUUAAACUCCCAAGCAAUGGCGGAAGAUUCUUAUAAUGAUCCAAACAGAAAAUACAAAUGUCACCGGUGCAAAGUUGCUUUUACGCGUCAGUCUUAUUUGACAGCACAUAAUAAAACUCUGUUGCAUAGAAAAGGAGAAAAACUUACUUAUCCUAUGGAAAAAUAUUUAGAUCCUAACCGACCGUUCAAAUGUGAUGUAUGCAAAGAAUCGUUCACACAAAAGAAUAUCUUGCUUGUUCAUUACAAUAGUGUAAGUCAUUUGCACAAAUUAAAAAGAGCUAUGCAAGAACAACAAAACAAUAAUAAUCCUCCCGUUUCGCCCAGUGCUGGGACCGCGCCAUCAAAUUUGACUCUCACGCCUAAAAGUACAUCAAGCGAGGAAGAUGAUCGUAAGCGAUACAAGUGUAACAUAUGCAAAGUUGCGUAUACUCAAGGAAGCACGCUGGAUAUUCACAUGAGAUCGGUUUUACAUCAAACGAGGGCGGGAAAGUUGCAGGAACUAGCCGCCGCGGGCCACGUGGACUUGACAAGGCCUCUAGUCGAGCAGCCGGACAGAAACGACCCCGCUAAAAUUUUACAAGACGUAUUGUCGCCAAAAAAUACAUCCCCUUCGUCUACAAGUAGCGGGGGACCGCGUUCCUCACCCCCCGCGCGCCCAGGUAGUCCGCGAUCCCCUCGCGCAGGUAGCGCCUCGUGCGAGCGCUGUCACGCGUCAUUCCCUACUGGGGAGCUACUCGACGCACACCGUGCAACUUCAUGUCCGUUUGGCGAUGCGCGGGCGCAUUCGCCUCUUGGUGACGCAGAGGCUGCGGCUCUAGACGAGAUGGUAGCUAAGGGCAAUCCGCCCAAAAGAAACUCACAAAUGUAUAAGCAACUACUCGAGACAUUCGGAUUUGACCUCGUCAUGCAGUAUAAUGAAAAUCAACGACGAAAACUGCAAGAAGAACGUGAGAUGGCACGAGUGCCGAGCCCGCCACCGCCGCCACCUGAGGAGAAGCCUCCUGACGGCGAAAUCAAAUCGACGUGUCAACAUUGUAACAAGGAGUUUUCUAGUGUUUUUGUUUUAAAGACUCAUUGUGAAGAAGUGCAUAAGGAUAAGGUACCACUCGAGUUCCUGGAACAGUUCGCAGAACAGUUUAAAUCGGAAUAUGAAAGGAAAUCUGGUGCACCAAAUUCGCCACGUGCUGCAUCUCCCGCUCCUCAAGGUGACAGGUCACCGUCUCCGCGUGGUGACAAUGGAAACUUCAACGAGAAUGGGAACGGCGCAGGUGAAGCUCAAGCUGGUGCUUUGCUGGCAGCUCAGGUUCAAGAGAUGCAGGCAGCUUUGAACAUGCUGCAACUACAACAACAGUUGGGACAGCUACACCCGAUGAUGGCUCAGAUGCUAUCUCUUGGUCUUCCAUUGGGACUCAACAUGGGUGCGCUUGCUGCCAUGAACUUGCAGCCACCACUAGUAUCUCUCAUGCUACCUCCACCACCGUUUGACGCAAUGCCCUUCACACAUGACGCCCAACUCAAACAGCAGCAGCUCAUACAGCAACAGCAGCAGGCAAAUGCUGCAGCUGGUCAGAAACGUGCUCGCACUCGCAUCACAGACGAUCAAUUGAAGAUUCUACGUUCGCACUUUGACAUAAAUAAUUCACCAAGUGAUGAGGCAAUUGCGAAAAUGGCUAAACAAUCUGGACUAGCCACAAAGGUCAUCAAACAUUGGUUCCGAAAUACGCUUUUCAAAGAGCGCCAACGGAACAAGGACUCUCCUUAUAAUUUUAAUAAUCCUCCAUCUACGACUCUGAACUUGGAAGAAUACGAAAAAACAGGUGAAGCGAAAGUAACAACUUUGGAUUCUUCAGCUAGUUCUGAUGAAGGCAAACCUCCACCUGAAAAAAAAGCAAAAACUGAAGACAUGACGUUGAUUAACCAACAGGAAGUAAAAUCUGAACCAAAUGACGAACCCUCAAUUGAAGAAAAAUAUAACUCAUAUGACGAUCGCCAUCAAGAAGAUAGGACGUUUAGCUUUCAACAAAUUCCACCUCAAAGUCCGGCAUUAAAUAAUUCUGAUAAUAUACAAAAUAUAUCGAGACCGCAAACGCCUACUCAUAUAUCACUGAAUUCUUUAAUUCAGUCUCAGUUGGAUUCAAUACCUGCAACGAGUAUACCUCAGCCACCACACCCAUCGAUGCUACCACCAAAAUUAAAUCCGAAUUUCACGUCCCCAAACUCCGCGCCCCCGAACGUCCUACCUUUGACCCCAAAUCGGAGCCUAAGUCCUGGCAGAGGACCGGCCGAUUUCGGACUUUCCGGGGGCAACUCGAACGGAUCCAACAGCUCGGGGUCUUCUGGCAAACGCGCCAACAGAACUAGAUUUACAGAUUAUCAAAUCAAAGUUCUUCAGGAAUUUUUUGAAAACAACGCAUAUCCAAAAGAUGAUGAUUUGGAAUAUCUUUCAAAAUUAUUAGGACUAAGCCCAAGAGUAAUCGUGGUUUGGUUUCAAAAUGCACGUCAAAAAGCAAGAAAAGUUUAUGAAAACCAGCCAGCCGCUGAUCCACCGGCGGGCUCAAUGGAUGACGCUAACCGAUUUCAAAGGACUCCUGGCCUUAAUUACCAAUGUAAAAAAUGCCAAUUAGUUUUUCAACGAUAUUACGAAUUGAUAAGACAUCAAAAAACUCAUUGUUUUAAGGAAGAGGAUGCGAAACGAUCAGCACAGGCUCAGGCGGCUGCUGCUCAAGUCGCCGCUACUCUUAGUAGUGAAGACUCAAACUCAAGUAUCGUAGAACACCACGUUCCGCAUGUGCCAGUAUCACCGGCACCACCUCGCACUCCUACGCCUGCGGCCCCAAACUAUCCAGUUUCUCCGGCCCCACCUGCGCCACAUACACCCAUUACACCUCUAACACAUCAGCCAAGAGAAGAAAAAGAUGGUAAUUUUCAAUGUGAUAAAUGCAAUCUAGUCUUCCCACGAUUUGAUUUAUGGCGAGAACAUCAACUUAUUCACAUCAUGAAUCCAAAUUUAUUUCCUACAUAUCCACCUGACUCCCCUUUUGGAAUCUUACAACAACAUGCUCAACUACAACAGUUAAAUGCAUCGCUCACAAAUGAUGAAUCACGCCAUCCAUUAGUUGCAGCCCUAAAUCAACAAGUAGCUAAAAGAAAAUUUGAUGAGUUUGAGGAGGUAGAUACUGGAGAACAACCGAAAGAUAAACGACUUCGAACUACUAUUUUACCAGAACAAUUGGAUUACCUAUAUCAAAAGUACCAAAUAGAAUCUAACCCAUCCCGGAAAAUGCUGGAAAAUAUUGCCCGUGAGGUAGGGUUAAAAAAAAGAGUGGUUCAAGUUUGGUUUCAAAAUACACGAGCACGGGAAAGGAAAGGACAAUUUCGAGCUCAUGCACAAGUCAUAAAUAAGCGAUGUCCCUUCUGUCCAGCUCUGUUUAAAGUGAAAAGUGCGCUGGAAAGUCAUCUAAGUACUAAACAUGCAGAUCAAUGCGCUCGAGGAGAAAUCAACGUUGACGCUCUUCCAGAUGAAGAACUAAGUACUGAAUCAACACCAAGUUUUGGCUCGCAACAAAGUGAUAGGCAGCAAAAUUUUUCCCAAGCGGGGGCUCCCAUGUUGCCCCCUAUUUUCCCGCCUUUUCACUCAGACAUGGAGAAAUUUAUCAAGCAGUACAGUGAGGAAUCAAUGAAACGAUAUGUGAGUGAGCUUCAAGCACAUGCAGUCGCUCAACAGAACGGCAGUAGUGGUAAUGAGCCUUCUGAAAGACGUAUAGAACAUGGAAAAUCAGAAAUACCAUUAGAUCUCAGUAAGCCUGUAGAUUUGUCUCGGCCAGGAUCAGAUGCUGACGAACGUUCAGAUACCGCUUCGGAAACUAUGGAGUUCUACGAAGAAGAUGAACCUACUUCGCCUUUACCCGGUCAGCAACACACGCCAAGACCCCCUGGUAAACGCUUCCGAACGCAAAUGUCUUCUAUACAGGUGAAGAUCAUGAAAUCGUUAUUUGGUGAUUAUAAAACGCCGACGAUGGCUGAGUGUGAAGCACUUGGACGGGAAAUUGGGCUACCAAAACGUGUGGUUCAAGUGUGGUUCCAAAACGCUCGAGCCAAAGAAAAGAAAGCACGUCUCGCGGCUGGUCUAUCGGAAGUGUCUGAUGCGCAGCCACCAGAUGACUGCCGAGUGUGUGAUUUUAAAUACAGUCAUAAGUAUUCCGUUCAAGACCACGUGUUCACGCGCAGUCAUAUCGCCGCCGUACGGGCAAGACUGGAAAGCAGCGCUGGCGCCGGAGAAGAUAGCACACUUGCUCUGAUGCAGAUGGCAGCACGGCUGGAGGGCGGUCUUGGAAGCGAAUUGCACAACGCGUUUCUGCGACCACAACUCGCCGGCAAUGGUGGAAAUCCACAACCACAGCCUCAGCCUCAAGGGUUGAUUGUGGAAACAGGGAAUGGUGCAAGCGUUCUCCAACUACCAGCAACAACCCUGGAGCAGAUACGACAUAUCGCGGCUGAUCCUGGCGCUUCAACCUUACGCCUGCCGCCGCCCGCAACGGAGCUCCCAGUUGGUGCUCGCGAGUCCGACUUCGAUUUAUGCUACGUUUGCAAACAUUGCAAAGUCGCCUUCCCAUCAGCCGCACCUCUACAAACUCACCAAGCGCGCUCGUGUUACGCCGGUCGAGAGGCUUUGCGAGGUGUCAUCCGAGUAGUUCAACCAGCGCUCGAGUGCAGAGUAUGUCCCGGUGAACGGUUCCGCACCGCAGCAGACUUCCGCCGACACGCUGACACUGACUCUCACCUUCGCCGCACCGCACCAUCGUCGCAGCCAGCCGUGCCGGAGCCGCUCAGCCACGAAAUGGAGGAUGUCGUCAAUCAGAUAACGUUACUGGCGGCUCGCGCCGCGCAAGAUGCCUCACCGAAAGAUCCCAACGUCACCUUCUGCGCGCCGGGAUCGCGUUUCACGCAGCCAGGCGAACUCCCUCUCGCCAGCGCUGGCCAUUAAUCCUAACUAAGAAAUGUAUAGUUACUACUACUAGUAGAGCUCCUCGCUCUCACCGUUGUUCAACAACGCAACAGUUCACUAUUAGCUCUUAACGCUUCUUUUCGUUGAUAAAUGUUGUCGCAGAAGCGGCACUUUCUUAGUUAUACGUUUAAAGCUUGUAGUUAUGUAAGUAUAGGUUAAUAGGGAGCCGACCGACGUUGCGAGUUUUUGUACGCAAUGCAACGCAGAGGGGCGCGCACGCACGAGGCGUGCGGCGCGCGGUCGGCUCCCACGUCGCCGCCGCGUACUGGGAGGCGGCGGCGACGGCCCGCUCGGCCGCAUUUCGGCGCCGCACUUCAUAUCAUACGUUAGACAGGUUUUAUUAUAUACGUUUAUCGUUGCGGCCGCACGCAGACUGCGGCCGGGCCGGGUGACUCGAUUCUUUACCAUCUUCUCCCAGGUAAACAAGUUCCUAUCUUUAUGGCAUAUAAUAUUAUCGAUAUUGAUAAUUACGAUUUAAUUAUUGUUUAAAGCUAUGUAAUACAUACAUAUAAUCGUUCUAAUUUUAGGCAUAGAUACGUUCUCGUAAGAAGUUCCUGAUGCAUCGUAAAUGUAUGAAGAUAUAUAUACGUAUAUGAUUUUUUUAAACGUGAGGCGGUAUUAGGUACGUACGUAUGUUAGGCAGUAGUGCGGUCGUCCUCUCGCGCGGGUUUCACGCUCGAAGAAAAUGUGUCCCCACGAAAUUGAAUCAAACGCGACCCUCCGUAUUAAGCGGCGUAACUUCUGACGGAAGUGGCGACGAGUACGAGCGCGUACUCAGGGCCGAGGUACGGAUCGGACGCGAGGGUGCGAGCGCGCACACUCGAGAGCCGCCCGUGGAGACGCGACGACACCGCGUAGGCUUAUUGGUAAUGGUUAAUUAUAAUAAUUAUUAUCGUAGCAAACUUUUCCAAAACGAACGAACUCGAAACUCGGGCUGCGCGCCAGCGCUCAGCCUACCUCGCAAACAAGUGAGUUUAUUUUGGAACUAAGUGUGAUUCUUGAAUUUUUAUUGAUAUUGUAAUGAUUAUUAGUAGUGGCAUAAGUGAGUCGAAAGCAAUGGAGGUACAUGCGGCGGCCGCGCGGCGGCAGCGCGGCGAGCGCCCGACGCCCGACGCCCUGCGUUCGCCUCAAUCGCAUGUAUAUUCAUCUCUUUUCUGUGUGCGUGAAGUCCCUUAUAUUUUCGAUGGCACAGAUCACGUUAUUAAAAAUAUUUUACAUAUUUACAUUUUAUCUAGUGGAGUGUAAUACAAUAUUUUAUCUACGAGCGAAACCUACUACAACAUUGAGUUAGUUCUUUUGUAAAGUCCAAUGUUUUAUUCCACCGGUAGCCGGCGGUCCUUGUUAUUUGUAUGUGCGAUGGGAAGUUGCUUGCGCGCGUUGCGUCUAUUUAUGACCGUUGACAACACUCGUCUGUUAACUUAUAAAAAUACUUAUAUGUGCGUGUUAUUUCGAGACCGAACAAUAUAUAUUGAAACGUAAUACAGAAAGUGUCAAUAAAUGUUUAUUAAAAUAAAAUAUAAAGUUAAAAGUAAAAGUCAUAAUCUACACCGCUGAGCCGGACGCGCAGCUCGCAGCGCGCGCAAGCAUUGUUUCCGACGCGACGGCGCGCGUUUUACUACAUUAUUUUGUUUACUGCGUUAAUAAAAUUAUAAUGUAAUAUUUAUUAAGAAAAUUCCCUAUUGUUUGUUGAGGCGUUCGCAAAACUCCACCGCGUAGCUUCGUCUGUCGGACGGUAGCGUUAAAGAAUAUAUUUAUUUUGUCGGUUUGUAAUCGGGAGUAUACUGUACGAGUAAGUUUGAGUUAGCGUAGGUGGACAAGUCGGUAGUGCGAUGUUGUGUCUCCGCGGACGACAGCCCGCGGAAUGAAUCAUGGUUCCUAUGUAUAUUUCAAUAUUAUCGCAUCUAGAGUUUCACUAUACUUUCCGAAUACAAAUUUUAAUAUUUAAGAUUAAUUCGGAUUAGUCUGUUGUAUCUGCUACUAGAGGUGCCGCCACGGCCUUGUUGUUUGUUUAGUUAUCCAGGAUGUUUUCAUUUGUUUCUAUAUUUUUGUAAGGAAUAUUCUGCACUUUUAUAUUAUCUAUUGAAAAUUUUGUUAUAUUAAAUAUUUAUGUAUCGCAACCUUCAUCAUCCUCUAGAUGUAAAUCGUUAAAAAUAUAAGUUUACGAUUGUAAAAGGUAGCACUCGCGUCUAUCAUAGUUCCUAUACUGUAUUGUAAUACUAAAUUAUUUUGAAAAUUCUUUCAUAGUGAAAUGUACCGUUCCUAUAUUGUAAUCUGUAACAAAAUUUUAUGUAACUGAAAUAGACCAUGUGAUGUUUAAUACAAUUAACGUGUUUAUUCGAUGCCUGUUUAUUUGUGGUAUGUGAGGUCAAUUUACUGGUUAUAUUUGUUUAUCGAGUAGUUACGUCCGUGCAGCAGCGCGCGUAGUCACCUACGCGCGGUCUACGCGCCUACGACGCAUGCCACCCGUAGCCGACAACAGAUUACGAAUACAUUGUCAAGUGUAAAUGGUAAAAAUAAACUCAAAGUUAGUUUAUCAGAAA